GCCCGAGUGGCCUCCACUUUCUCCCAUUCUUUUAUUUUCUCUAUUCCAUAUGGCUGCCGGCGAGGAAUCUUUAAAUAUAUCAUCAGACGUCGUCGAGCUCCAAAUUGAUGCUUCUCUUUCCCAUAUUCAUCAGCGUUCCCUUGCUUUUGUUCUAGUCAUGCGAUGGCAUGGUAGGGGAAAAUGAAAGUUGGGAGCGAAUUAAGCAAGGGAAGAAACAGUUUGCCACAGAGAUCUAGCAAGAGUACUGGUGCUUGUCUUGGUG